AUGACGGAAACAGAGACAUCUCUUCUCUCUCCUCCUUCCGAGAAAACCUCAACUGUGCCUCUCAGUUCCGCGAUCCGUAACACGCCGAUUCACCCAGAUCUCCCUGAGAUUCAAGUACCGGGAGGCUCGCUUGCAACACACAACUACCAUCCCGCUACUUGUCAACCCAUUGACUUCGAAAGACUUCAUGCAGAUUUGAAACAGCUAGCCCAUGAAUUUCCAACACAAGAGGCGGCGCUGAAGGCCCAGCAACAGGCCGCCGAGGAAGUGAGAACUCUCAUCCAAGAAGCGGAGAAAAAGAGGGAGCAGGUACAAAAAUCGAUCGACAAGAAAGUAAAAGAAAGGGAUACGGAAAUGAAGAUUCUCUCGAAAUACCAAGAGGUCAAGGCAUCAGACAUUCCCGCCUGA